UGGUCGGUAAAGAAGGUAGCAGAAUUGAAAUUGCUCUUGUUUUGUAUGCGAGUGUGAAUGUUGACAUUCAACAUGGCGGCUGUCGUCAGUGCUGUGCUGUUUCGUGUUUGUGUAACUGUUAGUUUAGGACAUUUUUGAAACAAACGCUCAGUAUAAAUUCAAGAUUUUCAAAGCUGAAGAAGAAGAAGAACGAUAAAACAGAAUUUUUGGAACGACACAACCACAUUCAGCACGCAUUGAAGACAUCUGAGGAUUUUCAAGCUAAAUCAUUUAUCCUUUAAAUUUCCAAUGUUUUUAAUCGUCUUCUUUUAUAAAGGAUGACUGAUGUUUAAGAAGAAAUUUCGGUUAUUCUUGAAUAUACACUAAAUUAAAACAAAAAAAAAUUAUCAAAAAACAAAAAAACAAAAAAAGCAGUUGUUAUAAAUAGAAAGUAUCGACGGUAUAAAGAUGUGCUAAGAAUUUUGUACACAUAUAAGGAUUGAUAACACUGGUAUUAACUGUAUCGUUCGUUUGUAUAUUUGUGCCGCGAUACGCUUUAUGAGAAGGACCUAGAUACACAGUACGGUGACCGUGAUUGCGGUUUGAAGAAUUGCUAACUCUCCUUCCCUUUGUCAAUGAUAUAGAAAAAAAAACAUCUAAAUUUUUGAGAGUGAUAAAAUAUCGCUCAUAAUAAUCCUGGUGCUUUUUUUAAUCGGCUAUCGAUGAUACGUAUUGAAAUAAUACUGCAAAUACCUUCCUUCCCACUUCCUGGUCACAAAAAAGUCAGCAUUUCAAAGAGCCUUUCUUCCUCAUUAUUAAGUUCUCGUAAAGUCGUAAAUAGUAAACGAAGAUAUAAGGUACCAAGAACCAUUCUGUGAUAUCUAUGUUAACACUUAAAUAAUUGAAAAGACUAAAAUUUCUAAAUAUAAGUAAAAAAAAAAUAUAUAUAUAUAUAAUCUAUCUAUAUAUAUAUUGAGUGAGAAAUAGGCGCAAACUUAUAAAAAAAAAGGAAUUACCUAAUUGUUUCAACGAUUAAUUAGCAAAAAAUCUAAAGAAAAAACAGCAUCGACUUUAAAAAAAAGAAAAGAAAACAAUGUCAAGUAAUCCUCAGUGGAAAACGUUCCAGCCGCCGAUCAUGAAUUCAGAUCCAGCAAUCCUUGAUUAUAAAUCUAUGGCCAUAACGAGUCCCAAAGCUUUACCUCUGCCUCAUCAAUCCACCAAUACUUAUCGAAAUGGAACCAAUUACAGUGGUGAUCAUUAUAUGAAUUCACCACCUGAUUGUGGGAAAAGUUAUGGAACUUUUCCCAAUUCACAAUCACCUCGAAAUGGAUCAGCAAGGUUUCCUAUAAGCACAUUCACAGGUAUGGAGAGCAAUAUUAAUUUCACUAGUGAAACAACUACGAAUAAUUCUUAUCAAGAUCAAUCUGGAAAUCAAGGAACACGUGAAACAGGAAUUAUUGAAAAAUUAUUGCACUCUUAUGGAUUUAUUCAAUGCUGUGAAAGGCAAGCAAGAUUAUUCUUUCACUUUAGCCAAUUUAGUGGUAAUAUUGAACAUUUAAAAAUUGGUGAUCCAGUGGAAUUUGAAAUGACAUAUGAUCGUCGUACUGGAAAACCGAUUGCGAGUUUUGUCAGUAAAAUUGCUCCAGAAGUGGUAAUGAGUGAGGAACGAGUUACAGGAAACGUUACAACGGAACUACAAGCCAGCGGUGAUUCACAAGGGAGAAUUAGUUACGAAAAUAGAGGAGAAUGUUUUUUCUUACCUUAUACCAAAGAUGAUGUCGAAGGAAACGUCACUUUGCGUGCUGGUGAUAAGGUUUCAUUUCAAAUUGCUACAAAUCAACGAGGAAAUUUAGGAGCCUGUCAUGUGCGACUUGAGAAUCCUGUUCAUCCAGUACGUUACCGUGGAGUUGUAUGCUCGAUGAAAGAAAGUUUUGGUUUCAUCGAACGCGCCGAUGUUGUAAAGGAAAUAUUUUUCCACUUUAGCGAAGCUAAGUCUAUGAAAGAUGAAUUAAGAUUGGGUGACGACGUAGAAUUUAUUAUCCAGAGUCGUAAUGGUAAAGAAGUGGCUUGUAAUAUAACAAAAUUGCCACCUGGAUCUAUUGUUUUUGAAGAAAUAAGCACCGAUGUAGUUAAGGGACAAGUUUUAAAACCUUUGGAACGUGGUAAUUCAGCUAGACAUCAAAGUGAUCCAUUGCCGGGUAGGAUACGUUACCGUGCACCGGAUCAUUCAGAAGUUGAAGUACCAUUUGGUGAUAAAGAUCAGAAAGGAGAUUUUACUCUCAGACAUGGCGAUUGGGUUCAAUUUAGAAUUGCAACUGAUACCAGAGAUCAAUUGAAAAGAGCAACGGAAAUAUCACUUUUGCCUGAAUCUUUUACUGUUUCUGGUGAAAGACGGGAACAGGGUAUGAUUGCUGCUCUUAAAGAUGGUUUUGGUUUUAUUCGCUGUGUAGAUCGAGAUCCGAGACUCUUUUUUCAUUUUAAUGAAGUGCUAGAUGUUGAUAGGGAAAUCAGUGUUAGUGAUGAAGUUGAAUUUACUGUUAUUCAAGAUCCUUCCUCUUCAUUUUCUAAUAGCAGACAAAGUGCGAUUAGGUUGAAACAUCUGCCACCAGGUAGUGUUCAAUUUGAAACAGUAAUAGAAUCAGAUGUGCUAGGUAAUGUAAUUCAGGAUACCAAUGGCAACGAACCAGGAUUAAUUGGUUAUUUAAAAGAUGGUCAACAAAAAAGCAUUAUUUUCUUUAUCAAGGACUGCGAUCCAAAAAGUAUUCCAAACCUUGGUGAUAAAGUCAAAUUUAGCAUCUGCCAAGUGAAACGAAAUAAGGAACUUGUUGCGGUAGAUAUAUCGCAACUGAAUUCCACAACCAAUGAAAAAGCAACAAAUGGAACCAAAAAGCCAAGUGGACAAACUUACCAAGGAUUUAUAGCUGCUCUCAAAGACGGUUUUGGAUUCAUUGAAACAGUCAAUCAUGAGAAAGAAAUAUUUUUUCACUUCAGUAAUUUUGAAGGCGACGCUGCAACAUUGGAAUUAGGCGCUGACAUUGAAUGUACAAUUAGUUCAGCUAAUGGAAGAUCAACAGGUGGAUGUGUUGCUGCUGAUCAUGUGAAAAUUUUAUCAAAAGGAAGCAUUCCAAGACCAUCAAUAGUAAGCGAUGUAUUGGAUGGAACUGUAUUGAGACCAUUGAGAAGUGCAAAUCCCGAACAACAUGAGUAUGCUGGUUUAAUAAAAAUAAAUCCAUCAACGGAAGAUGAGGAAACGCCGGAAUAUGAAUUUGGUAUAAUGGGUUUGAUAAAUAAACGGGAACUUUUACAAGCGGGUGAUCCAGUGCAGCUGCAGGUCGACUCAGAGGGUCACGCUUGUAAUAUUGUUGCUGUGAGAAAAAAACGACGUGCAACAGUUGAUGCUGUUAAAGGGCCCUUUGGAUUUUUAACAUAUGAAAUUGAUGAGGGUAGAAAAUUGUUCUUCCAUAUGAGUGAGGUACGUGAUAAUGCUACUCUUCAACCAGGUGAUCAGGUGGAAUUUGUUUUAGUAACAAAUCAACGAACUGGAAAAUCAUCCGCCUGCAAUGUUACACGUUUAAGUGAUGCGAUUCAACAAAGACCUGAACGUCUUAUAAGUCGGCUGCGUACAAUAUCAUUGGAUGAUGCUGGUCCUAAAUUAACAGUAGUUAGACAGCCACGAGGUCCUGAUGGAACACGUGGAUUUGCGCAAGAAAGAACGCAACGUAUUCCUGGUGCCAUUGAUGAAGAAUAAAGAAAAUGAUAAUACCUCCAAAACGGUCACUUUACCAGCUUGUAUGUAUAUUAUUUUUACUUUUAGUCCGCGCAUAAAGGCGUCGAGAUUAUUACGAUUAUAUUAUUAAUUAAUUAUUAUUAUUUUAAAAGAAACAAAUACAAACGUAAGAAUGUUUGCCAAAUUGAGACUAAUGUGACAACAAUAAAAUAAUAAUGGUGGUAGUCUGAAAAAAAUCAGAUAAUUUUCCAACAGUUAGUAUAACAAAUUUAUCUGAUUAAAAAAAAAACAAAAAAAAAAGAUAAAUACCCAUCAGAAUCAUUAAAUUUUGAAUUUGAUAUUAUCAUCACAUGAAACACUGAGAGAUGAAUUAGUUGCACAAACAUCGAAAUCACUUUUUUUUUUUUUUUUUAAUGAAAAAAUUGAAAAGAAGUUUUUGAUAGAGAAAAAAAAGUUUUGUUGCAGUAUUAUAAUUCAUCAUACAUUACAAAAUCGAUUUGAGUGGAUGAAAUAAAAAAAAAAAAAAGAUUAAUCAAUGUCACGACUGUCUUUAUAAAAAAUAUACUUAAAUGUUAAAAACAAUAUUUAUUUAUAUGAAUUUUCUUUUACAUUGUAGAAGGUAAUAAUAAAAAAAACAUCAGUUGUAAAUCUCAUUGACAGUUGCUUAAAUGCACUAAAUUUGAGAAAGAGAAUCUUUUUGUACAGUUUUAUCUAAAAUUCUAUAUUUAUGACUUUCACUAGUCUACAUUUUGUUUCACGCACGUGUUACCAUGAAAACUUGUACAUAAGCGUUUAGUACAUAAUUUUGUACAUUAUACACAAAUGCAGACAAGUGAAUUCAUAAUAUAUGAACAAAAACCUGUACCAAUGGAAUUUUGUGAACUUUAUACGAAGAAAAAAAAAAGAAAAUGUUAUUGACAUACCUAGUUGCUGCUCGAUUCUUAAUUAAUUACAUAUAUAAAAAAAGAAACAAAGAUUUUUUUAUCAGCAGUGGGUGCCGAGACUAAAAACAAAAAAAUUCUUUCUUGUUAAAAAUCUUUACAAGAAUGUAUUUAUUAUUUAGAUAAAAUCCCCCCCUCCCCCCAAAUAGAAAUCAAAUUUAGCAUAAAAAUAUUUUUUCAUUAAUUUAAAACUUAAUAAAUUUUUAUCAGAUCAACUUUUGUAUAAAGAUGAUUGUAAUUAAAUUAUUCAAAUUUUACUUUUUAAAAGUGUAAUUAAAAAAUGAACGGCAAAUGAAAUCAAAUUAAUGGCUUACCCUUCGAUUUUACAUAUAACUUUUUUUUGUUACUGUGAAAUGAGGAUUAAACUCAGGUCAAAGGUGUGCUCAAAAAGUUUUUAAUUUGAAAAGAAAAAAAUUAAAUAAACAUAAUAAUUUUAAUUUAUAUGUACAAAUAACUGUUUAUUUAAUUAUUUAUUGAAUUCAAAUUUCUUUAAGAUUUGUUUUAAAAAUGUUUAUAAACUUUUGAUUAUAAUUAUUUUUUCAGUCUCUUCAUUUAAUAUUAAUUUUUUUUUUUUAGUUAAGAAAACAUUAAAUAAUUUAAAAAAUUUAGAAAAUACUUUAAAAGAAAUGAAUUUAUUAGUAAAUUUUGUGAAUUGAAAUUGAUAUUUUAUAAUAUAAUUGAAAAUAUAAUAUUUUCUCAGUCUCUAAUUUUGUUGAAUAAAAAUUUUUAAUUUACAAAAUAAAUAUUUUUCGUACAUUAAAAAUAUUUAUUAUACAUUUUGAAUGUUAUUGAGUUUUCUCACGAUAGCUACAAUUAUUGGCAAAACUUAUUAAUUACUCGGAAAAAAAAAAUUACACUUGCCACUAGGGAUUGUGGCAUUAUUUAGAAGUAUAAUGAAAAGGAGUAACAUAAUCACAAAAUAAUAAAUUAAAAAAACAAAAAAAAUAAAAAUAAACAAGCACGUACAAACUAAGCGCUUGUCUUGUGACCCAUAGAUACAAUCAUCGUAUGACGACAUACUGUAAAACUGUUGGUAAAUAAACAAUGAAAGCAUCAGA